UUAUUUUAGUAUAAUUGUAAAUUAUGUAUUUCAAUUUUUCGUCGCUGUUGUAGCCAUAUGUUAACCAACUUAUCAAAUUUUAUGCUGCGCAAGUUAACGAAUAAUUCUUCGAAUAAGUCCUUAUUCGUUUGGAUUUUUAAAUCGCGCCGGCGAAAUAUUGUCGAAAUAAAAGUUUGAUUCUUUAUACACUGACUACGAAUUUAUCGAAACCUUUUUCAUCCUCUUUUAAAAACAAACCCUGUAAGUGUGUCGUUCAUUGUUUUGAUUUACGAUCAAUAAAAUGCAUUUUCAUAUCUUUCUAAAUGAUGAUUAUUGGCAAAAAAAAUCUUUCACCUUGCAAUAUAUUUUUGAUUUUUGCAACUCGAUUUGCGUAGAAAUCUAAAGAAAUCGAAGAUCGAUCGUAGUUCACUCGUUUGUACAUCCCUUUCGCGAAUUAUAAUAUGUUUUAUGCUCGAAAGACAUUAAAAUUCUGUUUCGUUAAAGUACUCGUUGCACAAGUGUUCGAAUAAUGCGCUGAAUGAUGGCUUUGAAUAAGGACAUCUAGCGUAGAGUCCGUCGACACGCACAAGCAGAAUCGCGUAACGACAGACAACGAACGCUGGUAACUCGAUUAGAAAAUGAAGGGUAUUUUAAUCUUCGACCAUCUCAACGACGUGCUUUUCACAAAAUGCAACAACAAAUUUGCGAAUCACAUACAAAAGUUAGCUAAAAUUCAAGGCCUGAUAUCUGAAAACAAGGAUGCGAAUGACACGGAUUCCAAACUCAAUCCAAACGUGAUAAUGCAAUUAUUUUCACCCAUUGUUACGUCUCAGCAUGUGAUGGUCUCGGAAUUUAGAAAUUCUUACACUUCUAUGAGAUGUCACGAUGGUACAAACAUGGUGUUCGAUAGAUUUAUGGGGUACACUUUUAUCUAUAUCUCCAUGGAGGAAGUAGAGUUGAUGAAAAGAACAUUAGGUGUUUGCGUAUCCAUUAUAAGGCAUGUUUGCGGGCCAGAUAUUGGAAUACUAAAGAUAAGCAGGCAGAAAGUGUCUUUAGUUUCUUCUUUAUUGGACGCAUGGGUGCAUCUAAGAACAAACGAACAAAGCAUGCUCACAGAGGCCAUAGAGCAGUUGUCGAUAAAUACAGACUUAGGUGUAGCGAUAUUAAAAGUAUUAAACGACGCCUGUGAUAAAUUAAAGUCGCAGUCUGAAUUUUCUAAUGUACACAUUUUGAUAUUAGUAGAGCAAAAGUUUUUGUCGUUGUACUCGAGUAAGAAUGCACACGACUUGUAUGCCUCUGAUAUAUUACUGAUGGUGCUCAUGUGUUGGGUGGUAAAUCAAAAAAGGAAAGGCGAUAAUCAGUCGGGAACGAAUGGCGAUAACGACGAUCACAGCGAUAUUCUUUUGCCUGAAAGCAGCUCCUCCAAAGAGGAGCAAGUAGCUUUCGGAGCGAAGCUUGCAAAUCCUACUUCAGAAGACAUUACAAACUUAUUUAGGGGAUCAAGAGACUCUUCUAUUAACGAGGGAUUACAUUCGUUAACCGACGAUGAUUUAUACAGCCAUUUAGUAUUACUCGGUUCCGAGCACGAUUACACCGCUAAUGCGGUUCACAUUUUCGAGUUAGCAGAUGGUAUUAAUCUCGUAAUGAUAGUCGAAGUGACUAACCUAGCUACGUCGUCAGGAUUGUACGAUAGUUUUCAUUACUUAAACGUUAUAAACGGUCUGCAACUGCAAAGGGACAUCGACGAAUUAAAACCGGCGUUCGAGAACUUCGAUCUGGCGAUAAAGAAGGCCCUGGAUGGGAUUAAGAAAAACAGAGCCAAUGUCAGCAACGACGUUGACAUGUGCCAGAGAAGGUUGCAACUGAAAUGGGAAUUUGUCAGAAAGAAAUACAUGGAUCUGUUCAAAUCCAGAGAUCCGGAAUCGAUACUACAAAUCGAAUCAAAUACGUCUGGGUUCAUCGACAAUAUGAAGGAAUUGUACAGAUUGACGUGUUUCGAUAAAAACUUCUUGAAGCAAGGCGUCGAUGUGCUAACAACAGUAGGAAGACUCGUUCGUCAAAAGUUGAACGAUUUCAGCGAUUUCCUCAAAGUGAAAGCGCUGAAGAACUUCACCCUCGGAUCGAGAACUUCCCUAACCAUCAAUAAAUAUCUAGAAGAAUUUCCAGGUCUUGUACAUUUCAUAUACAUAGACCGAACUACGCAUCGACUAACGGCGCCAACGUUAGACUUCACGAAUCCUGAAACCCUUACGCUCACGACGAAAAAAAUUUGGAAUAUGGUGAAACAAAGCAGGAUGCAUUUAGAAGAAGGACACUUGUCGGUUAUGUGGAAAGAUACAACGUUCAAUUAUGCUUAUUUUUUGUGGUUCGAGGACAGUUCCGGAUCGCCGUUAAAAUGUAAAGCUUAUUUGCAUCAUCUGAUGAAAAACUUCCCUAUACCAGGCAUUUUUUGCGGCGAUUAUUAUAGAAAAUUGGCUGAAACGUGUUUCCCGGAAUUGUCUGUGAACAAAAUCAGAAUCUACGAGCUGUAUUGCGUUCAUCUCGGUCUGGCGACGUCGUCGUGCGUUUUAGAACACUCGAGGAGGCUUGCGGCUACCAUAUGGGAGGUUACAGGUGUUCCAAAUAAUCCCGCCGACAUACUUUAAUAACAUUCCGUCGAAGUAUUUCCUGUACAGAUAAAAACUAAAGUUCUCUGUUAACGCGAAUACGAUUAAUUAUUUAACGUAAAUUAUUUGAAAGAUUACUAAUUAUUUAUAAAGUAUUUGUCACGUGUAUCAACUCAAUAUUUAUAAAACAUGGUAAUGCAAAACAUCUGUAUUUAUUUCGUACGCUAAAUACUUAAAAAUGUAAUGGCACAGUUAAAAAUUUUAUGGAAAGAAACCCCUGGGAAAAAUUUUAAUGACGGAUUCCAGAGGACAAAAUAAGACGAAAAUCAAGAAUACCGAUUUGUCGACGGAGGCUUCGUUAAAAAGUUAUUAACGUUCAAAGUUAAAGUGUGCAGCGUGCACGGUGGCCGUCUCACAGGCGGAAUUUAAAACGUUGAUAACUUUUUAACGAAGCCUCCAUCAACAAAUUGGUAUUCUUCAUUUUCGUCUUAUUUUGGCCUCCAGAAUCCCCCAUUAAAAUUUUUUCCAGGGAUGACGAAAUGGCGGCUCGCGAUCUAGUUAUGAAACCUGAUGAAUUAUGGUGAUAGUGGGGGAAAUCGGUUGGCUCGAGACGAUCUUAAGAGUUUCGUGGGAACUUAGUGAACCUAGGAUACAGAGCAUUGUAAAUAUUUGGGAACGUAUUAAAAAAAAAUGAUUGAAAUUAUUGAAAGAAAAUAAAAAUUUUUAUACGUA